ACAGUCGGAGUCGAGGAUCUCGCCACACGGAGCUGCCAACUUCUCUUCUUUGCGGCCACUGGCCUGUUUCUGGCUCAGUCCCAGGUGUCCUCUGGCCGUAUAGUGUAAAGGUUGCAGAACCGAGGGGCCGGGGCAGGCCUUGGAAGAGCAAGCGGACUGGUCUUUUGUCAGGGUGCAGUCAGCUACGCUCAUAAUCAGCCUGCUCCUUUUCCCGCCCAGGCGCUACUUCCGAGAAAAUACCCCUCCCCUCCCUGCUACGAGUGAAAAGGAGGUCCCGACCUCCCCCAAGGCGGCGCGCGGGUCCACUCUGCUCUGCGCCCCUUCCUGAUCCACUGUCCAGUUCGGAUUCGGAGGAAGCAAAGCUUCUCUCCCGGCACAGGCUCUGACCCGGCCGGCCCCUCCGCCACCGGCUUUUUCUCCUCCGCAGCUUGUUUCUCCGCGCGCAAGCGACCAUGCUGCCCGGGCGUCCUAGAAGCUUUUGGCACGAGGCGUCGCAGCAGAUUGUGGCCGGCGGCUCUGCGGAUGUGCCGUUCCAUAGCAAAUAACAUGCGUGGCAGAACUCUCACGGGAAUUCCAGACACACGAGCAACAAGCAGUUUGGGCAGGCAGUGGAGCCGCGUGUGCGGCAGGAGGGGGUUGGCCGGUCAGGGAGAGGAGGUGAUUGGUGACCAAAGGAGUUGCCGCCAUCGACGGAAGCUUGAUUGACUGAUGGAGGAAGCAGUUUGGGCAGGCGGUGGACCCACGUGGGCAGCAGGAGGCGGUGGCCCGAGUGAGGGUGGCGGCGAGGAAGAUGGGAGGCUUCGGUGGCUGUGGGAGCUGGAGGCGGUGAAAGAGGAAGAGGAUUGGAACCUUGGACAAUGGAAGGAGCUGGCAGAGCAUGGCCGAGUGAGGGGGCUGGCGGGGGCGAGCGGGACAAGACGGCACCUUCUCUACAGCCACCAAUGGUCUUGUAGAAAUUUGCCUGAUGCACCCCCUCGAUGUGGUGAAAACCAGGUUUCAGAUUCAAAGGGGGAAAACUGAUCCGACCAGUUACAAGAGCCUUGGAGACAGUUUUAAGACCAUAUAUCGGACAGAAGGAUUGUUUGGUUUCUACAAAGGCAUACUCCCUCCAAUCUUGGCUGAAACACCCAAAAGGGCAGUAAAGUUUUUCACCUUUGAACAAUACAAGAAAUUACUAGGACAUGUUUCACUGUCACCAGCAUUGGCAUUUGCAGUUGCUGGCUUGGGAUCUGGGCUAACAGAAGCAGUUGUGGUUAACCCUUUUGAAGUUGUGAAGGUUAGCCUGCAGGCAAAUCGGGAUGCUUUUACAAAGCAGCCAUCCACCUUUGCCAAAGCUCAGCAGAUUAUUCAGGUCGAUGGGCUGGGACUUCGUGGACUCAACAAAGGGUUAUCUGCUACGUUGGGGCGUCAUGGCAUUUUUAAUAUGGUUUAUUUUGGAUUCUACUUCAAUGUGAAGAACAUCAUUCCUGAAAACAAGGAUCCAACCCUGGAGUUUCUAAGGAAAUUUGGAAUUGGACUGGUCUCGGGAACAAUAGCCUCCAUUAUCAACAUCCCUUUUGAUGUUGCAAAAAGUAGGAUUCAAGGACCACAACCAGUUCCAGGGGAGAUCAAGUACAGAACCUGUUUUAAAACUAUGGCAAUGGUCUAUAAAGAAGAAGGAUUUCUAGCUUUGUACAAAGGAUUGGUUCCUAAGAUCAUGAGGCUAGGCCCAGGUGGCGCAGUGAUGCUUCUGGUUUAUGAGUACACUUACGGAUGGCUUCAAGAACACUGGUGAUCAAAAGUAUCAUUUCGAAGGCAACAUACUGUUUAAAACAAUCCACAUGUUAAAUCAAAUUGAAUUGUCAAACUGGAAUCAAAUAUCACACGAGCCAUAAACGUUGAUCCAAUGGCUGACAUUCAAGGGCUACAAAAGAAAAAGUAGCCCUGUGGAAAUGCAAAAAGAUGUGAGCUUAUCUGCUCUAUAGUCUUUUCCAGCAGGCACAGAGUGGGGAAGGGAGUGAUUUUCCCUGCUCUCUCCUCCCUCCAAAUGAAAUUUUUGUUGAGGGGUGUGAGGAGAAAUAUUAAGACCCUCACACAGCAGAGUAUGCUCUGUUAGUAAAGAAGUUCAGGCCUAGAGAUUAUUUGAAGACAGUAGGUUGAAUUAAAGAAAACAAAUAAAGAUUUAUUAAGAAACGAAACAUCACAUACUAAGAGAGAGACAUUGGAUAUCAUGCCCAAACAGGCACUAGCCUUCAACAACAACUGAACAGUUUUGACUAUAACUGACCAAGAGAGGCCUAUUAAGCAUCUCAUCAUGCCUCUAGUGGCCAGAAGAAUGCUCACUUCUAACAGUUUUAACUCCAGGAAUCUGUCCCUGAGGGUUGCAUCACCCUCAGAGAGAUUCCUGGAGUUAAAAACUCCAUCUAGGCGCUUUCCAGAUUACACCCUGCAACCAAAUUUGGGGUCACAACAAAUCUCUGAAGUGUACUUCCACACUUCCUGUGUUGUGACACCGCAGUCCCUACACUGACAGCAGGGUGCCGUUCCAAUGCCUUGUUUCGAAUUUAAACGCUGUGAUAUAGUGCUAUGGCGUCAUAAAUCUGGCGUAAAAAAGUUGCCGUUUUUUCAGGUGGUUAGUGUUCACAAGACUGCUCCCCCUGCUGUUUAUGUUUUGAAAGCAAUUUGCCUGAAUGGAAGCAUUUUGCUGUUGUUGAGCGGCUAAUCUGGAAAGCGCCCUGAAGUGGGGAGAGAGCUGUGAAAAUUGCAAAAAGAAAAAGAAAAACCCAACCCACUCAAAACUCCUUUGCCAGGGAAAGAUUAUAGAGCAGUUCGGCUCAUUUUUGCAUUUCUGCAGGGCUACUUCCAUUUUUGUAUCCCUGUAAAGAGUGUCAGUCACUUCUGCCAAAUCCUUUUUUUUUUUUUAACAGCCAUCAUUAAAGUUAAUGAAAGUUGAUGGCACACAACUCUUUGCAGCAAUGAAUUCUGAGUAGCUUACUAGACAUGAUCUAGAUAUUUGGAGCCCCAAAUGUCUUUUUUCUUUUUCAGAAAACAGCUGGUGAAGGGAGAUUUGGAUCAAAGUCACAGUGUGAAGGGAGAGGGGUUUAAUCCUUUCCCUCACGCAGAUUCCCAGCUUCUCCCCCCGCUGAAGCAGCUAUUAACUGUUGUGAGGAACAUUUAUUAUGAUUUAAUAAACCAACACUAUCACUUAACAUUAGAUGGCAAAAUCAUAUUUCAUAUUUUUCAUUUUCAUUCUCUAUUACAGUAAAAAUGGGACUACACAUUAUAUCCGAAAAUGUAUGUUCUCAAGCCUAGUUGGGGAAAAUUUAUUUUAAAAGGGGAAUAUGCAGAAUUGGCCAAGGGAAUUAAGAACCCUAUAAUUCUCCCUUGCAGAAUCCCCUCUCACUGCUGCAGGGCCUUUUUAAGAUUCCUGGGGGCAGAAAAGUUCAUUUGAGGGGGGGGGGGCCACCACUUUUCUCUUGUAGGCGUAGUAUGCAACAUUACACUUAUGGUGAAAGAUUUAUGCUGGCCUCUUUCUUUUCCUAAAAAGUGCCCUGCAUUGCUGCAAUAAAUGUGUCCCCUGGGUUUUUCCUGUAAUGUGUGGUUCUAGCAUCACACAUCAGGAACAAAAUACUCUUAAAAGGGCAAUUGUGCCUUUAACUUGCAGUUCCACUUUUUAAAAUUGCCCCCAGUUAAUUGAUUAAUGGAACUGCCAAUUAAAUGAACUGAAGUUUCCAACUAAGUGAAAAACAAAAUAAUAUUGAGUGCAUACCUCAGUGCAUCCCCUUCCUUAUCAUAUGUACUGGAGACUGUAUCAUCUAGACAGGCCCAUUGAUGAGCAAAUUAUAUGAGUAGCACUAUGGACUAGUGUGAUCAUAUAGAGUUUUGAACACUGCAUCAAAAUCUUCUGUAUUGAAGCAUGUAGCUUGUUUUUAUUAAAUACAUCAAAAACAAUAUACAAUACAGGUGGACCUAAUUAUCUGCAGGGGUUCCAUUCCCGCAGAUUACCACAGGUAAUGAAACCGUGGAUAAUUGAGUCUAUGGGAACACAGUAAUUGAGUCUAUGGGAACGCAGGGGUUAGGUUCCCACACUCAAAUAAACACACACCCCCACAAAGAAAACCCACCAAAACGGGGCAAAUAAAGUGUCCUACCAUGUCUGUGGGUUUCCUAGUGUCCAGCAAUGCCCCCCCAAAAGUCCAAAACAGUCCCCAAAAUUGCAGAUUUCUUCCAAUUCUUUGCUAAAAUGAGCCACAAAAUGACUCCCACAGACAAAAUGGUGGCCAGAAGUUACCUCCCAGUCCUCUAGGAACCACAGAUACUUGGGUGUUAACUCUUUCGUAUCUGCGGAUAUUGAAAUCAGGUGUCAAUUAGACACCCAUAAAUAUGCAAAACCGAAAAUAUAAAAUCCGCAUAUAACGAGGUUAUCCUGUACUAUGUUCUGUGGUAACUAACAUGAUAAUUAGAUGAUCAUACACAUUUUUAUAUGUUUGAUUUUGUAAAUAGCAAGUUCAAUCACAAUCUACUACAUGCACUAGUUUUCCCAGCUGUCUUCUUGUUUUCAUUAUUUUCCUAUUAAUUCUGUGUCUUGUUUUCAAGGACUGUUUGAGAUGGAUUAUUUGACAGCUCUGCAGCAGAGACAGGCUAAUUUUAUCAAUGUGUACCUUCUUAUAAUGGAACUGGAUUUUUCUUUAAUAAAAUUGCAUGUUUAAUGCUA